AUGUUGCGGGAAAAGAAAGCAGAAAGAAAGAAGAAGAGGAAGCGACGCGGUGAUGGGAUUGAUAUAAUCAACGAUGAUGAUGGGAUUAUUGCCCAUAUGGUAAAUGCUAUGAAGAAUGCCGCCAAGGAGGAUCGUCACUCAAAUACGGAAAGAAAACCGGCUCUCAAGAAGAGGAAGAUGCUCCACGACGUGAAAAUGAUGCUUCUCAGGAUGGACAUGCUUGAAGCUAUGAUAGAUGGAGGAAUGAUGAGCGCAGUGUCAGAAUGGUUGGCUCCACUCCCAGAUAAAAGCUUACCAGCCCUUGAAAUAAGAACAGAAUUACUGAAAAUUUUGUCUGGUUUUGGCAAUCUGGACCAGGGAGUUCUAAAGCAAUCAGGGCUCGGAAGGGCUGUCAUGCUCUUGUAUAAGCAUCCUCGAGAGACCAAAGAGAACAAGGCAAUGGCAGCGCAGAUAAUCAGAGAAUGGUCCAGGCCAAUUUUUCAGCUCGAGACUGAUUUUCGUUCCGUAUCUCGAGAAGAACGAGUCCAAAGGGAUCUGGAUCAUAUGUCCAGCGUCAAAAAGAGGAGGAUGAGCGGUGAAGCAGGCCCUUCUACACCUGCUGCGCCAAAACCCGCUGAAAAAGAAAUCAGCAGAGCUCGAGUUCCUCGCCCAUCCACAAAGGAUUACGUUGUACGGCCAAAGUCGAAUGUGGAGGGGGAGUUUAAGGGAGAGCGUAAAGCCAAAGCAUUUGCCCGUCUCGACAAGACGCAUCGUGAAUUCCUGGAAAGAACAAGGAAACUGAAAGCGAAACGGGCGAUUGGUGUGUCUCUCGAGGGACGCAACAUGGCGUUGUGA